CUUUCAGGCUAUGUAGCAUAAAUUUAUUGCAGGUGUUAAACAUUUCAUGUAUAAAUUCUACACUCACUUCACAUGUUUCAUUUCUCUUUCAGGGUAUGAAGCACCAAAUCUAAGGAAGCUUGCAGACAAGAUUGCGGCUUCUGGUUACUAUGUGGUUGUUCCGGACUUCUUUUAUGGUGAACCCUAUGAUCUUCAAAAUCUUAACAGACCUAUAGGAGAGUGGCUAAAAGAUCAUGGAACGGAUAAAGGUUUUGAAGAUGCAAAACCCGUUGUUGAAGCCUUAAAAAGUAAAGGUAUCUCUGCUAUUGGUGCAGUUGGUUUUUGUUGGGGUGCUAAGGUUGUGGUUGAACUUGCAAAACCUAAACUUAUCCAAGUUGCUGUGCUGUUACAUCCAUCAUAUGUCACUGUUGAAGAUAUCAGUGCUGUUGAUAUUCCAAUUGGCAUUCUUGGAGCUGAAAUAGAUCAAGUUUCCCCUCCAGAACUUAUAAAGAAGUUUGAAGAAGUCCUGAAGGCUAAACCUUGGGUUGACAGUUAUGUUAAGGUAGUUCUAAAUGUGGCACAUGGUUGGACUGUGAGGUAUGACCCUCAAGAUUCAAAAGCAGUGAAGGAUGCUGAGGAGGCUCAUCAGUUCGUUUUGGACUGGUUUGCUAAACAUCUCAAGUGAGAAAUUGUGUCAAGAAUAUAUCACUUAUGUUUCUUUGCUUGUUGGACAUGAAUAUUACAUUCAUCUAUCAUUAUUAAACAUUACU